GAGAGAGAGAGAGAGAGAGAGAGAGAGACAGAGAGAGAGAGAGAGAGAGAGAGAGAGAGAGAGAGAGAGAGAGCUCUUCUAAGUUUGUCUUUUAGCUUCUCACACAGCAGAAUGAUCCACAUCUCUGAAGAUAAACUGCUCAUAUUCACUCUGCUGAUCCUCAUGGCAGUGGUGGAUUCUGAGAUGAAGACCUUCACUGGACAUGAAGGAGGGAAAGUGGAGAUACAGUGUUCAUAUGCAGAGUCUGAAUAUGAGGAAAAUCAGAAGUAUCUCUGCAGAGGAGAAUGCUCAAUAAAUCCAUUCCCAUUCAAUAUUAAAGACAUUCCUGUUGAAUCUGGAUCAGAACCUAAAGAUAAGAGAUUCUCUCUGACUGAUGACACGACAGCUCACAUCUUCACCAUCACCAUCACUGAUCUCAGAACAGCAGAUCAAGGAAAAUACUCAUGUGCUGUGAAGACAAGACUGGUAAAACUUGAUGACUAUAAAGAGAUUUACCUGGAAAUAAAACAAGUGUCUCGAGUGUCUGGAGAACCUGGAAAACAUCUGAGCAUCACCUGCAGUUAUACAAGAGAUCUGAAAGAACACAUCAGAUUCCUCUGCAAAGGAAGUGACCCGUCCGACUGUAAGAAUAUGAUCAAAGUUUCAUCAGAAACAAAAACUAAUGGCCGAUUCUCUCUGACUGAUGACUCUGAGAGAGUUUUCACUGUAAACAUCAGAGAUCUGGCAGAGGGGGAUUCUGGGAUAUACUGGUGUGGAGCUGAAGAAAAACAAACACAAGAGUACACAUGGAUUUCAGCCAUUGAUCUGCACAUUACUGAAGCCACAUCUGAGCGGAGGCUUCCUAAAAAUACCUCAACUGCUUCAUUUCACACCAGCAAACCAGCAGAUCCUGCAUCCAGCAGACCCGUCACACCUUCAUCACCUGCAUCAUCAUCAUCAACAUCAAUGUUGUCAUCAUGGAAAAGGCUGUGUAUGAUUAAUUUAGUUGUUUUCCUCAGAAUUAUGACAUUUUAAGGCAUAUACACAUGGUUUUAUUGUCUGCUUUUCCAGUGUGUACAGUGUUCAUCAUAUUAAUAACCUCAGUGAUGCUGACAGUGUUUGGACUCUCAGUGUUCAUCUUCCUCAGAUGGAAACCACAGACAAAAGGUAACUCAAGGUCUUGUUUUCAAGUGUUUUCACUAAACUGGUCACAAUGUAUUUUAUCCUGAAUCAGGAGGAGGAAAUGCUGCUCAUGACCUGACUGAGAAACUGCUCAACACUGAAGAAGCUCCAGGAGACAUUUAUACCGUCUGUCAUUAUGAAGAGCUCAUUCACACUGAUGAUCAUCCUGCUGGACUGGGUUCGGGUCGUCCUGUAUUUGGUGAACAGGAUCCUCUGACCUGCUCCACCAUCAUAUUUAACACUGGACUCCAUUCAGACACGACUUCUGACUGACCUUCAACAUCAGUCUGUGCUAUAGUGAGCUCAGAGAAGACAUUUAAACCAUUUAAACAGCUCAACAUGAUGAAUAUCUGAGGAUGUUCUUAUUUCAUAGCCAUGAUACCUGUAUUAUUAUGUUCAUUUCACAUGCUAGAAAGUAUUUUCUACUCGCUGCAUUGCUUUAUCAUCCCAAAAACAUAAAUAUGGCAUCUCAUUUCUUUGGCGAGCAUCUCAACAGUCUUAACGCUACCAACAAUUCUGUCAAAAAAUAUGUUGAUUUUACAGUUUUUUCCUGAUUUUACCUGAAAUUAAACCUGCAACAAUUGUGUAGCGCCCCCUGCCCUCUUAGGCUUUGUCCUGACCUAAGCUCUAUAGGGUGGAGCACCGGAUUCCUACAGUUUAGCCUCUCGACUAUUAUUUCACUCCCCCUAAUCAGAUACCACUUUUAGAGAUCUUCAAUGAAUAAGUAAGCAAAACAAAUUAAGUUAUAAACAAAUAGAAAUUUAUUUAUAAACAAAAUAAAAUAAAGAUGAGUAUAGAGGUAUUUGUUAUUUAUAAAGGUGAUAUUUUAGGUAUAAAUAUAAUUAUAAUGCUAUUUAUAAUAAGAUAUGAAUUAUUAAUACAACCUUAUAUCAAUACACAAUAGAUAAAACACUAAUUGUAAAGAGAAACAGUUAUUAACCGUCAAUACACACACAGUAUGAGUAUCCAACAACUGGACCCCAAUCACUUAAGCAAUAAGCAUUUUACACUUUGGUGACUUGAUGCACUUUUUAGACGCUCCCUUACUAAAACUAUAUUCACCCUUCAAUGAUUUAGAUAACUCACAAUUAUUUAGUGCAUUCGUAUCUCAGAUUAUAGAAUAUCAAAGCAAAUAUUCUCUAAAAAAAAAAUAUAGAAAUAACACCUUUUUCACUCUUUUGUAAGCGUUAACAGCAAAUAAACACUUUUGCAACACUGAAAUAUUGAAAGUGGGCCCACUCUCACACACACACACACACACAGUCUCACCCACCCUCGAUGCAGGCCUGUUAUGUUGCUCGGGUGCGUAGUGGCCUUUGAAACUGCAAAAUGGCCUCUUCACUCUUACAAGAGCAAAAAGAAAACACUUUAAAUGUACCUGGCGUUCCUGCAGCCGUCACGAUCGUCGUCCGUUCCGCGAUCGUCGUUCGUCCGUUCCGCGCGAUGUCGUCUGUCCCGCGAUCGAUGUCCCCCACCGCGAACCGUCAGUCCGAUGCAGCGUCAGCACACAGCAUGAACACUCCUGCCGAUGCAAUGAAUCUGUCCUCCUGAACGAGCUUCACUCUCUUAACAGUUCACUCGCUAAAACACUGCGUCAGUCUAGUGUAGCAGACAGCUAAAACACGAGGAUAUGAUCUCACACGAGCGUCAAUGUCUUCAGCUCGCAAACGGUCUCCAUAUACUCGCAAUUAUAACACUAUAUGCAUACACUAAGGUUCUUAAACAGCUUUAGAACACUUUAAAUCAAUAUAAACUGUAUAUAACUCACGAUUUGCAGUUAUAACACUUAAGUUUCUCUCAGAGACAAGCCUCUGCGGUCUCGUUCUCUCGAUCUUCUCCUCAACUCUCCCAAUAAACCAAUAAUAGUUUAUUCACCUAUAAGAGAGGCGGGGACUAAUUGGUAUAGACCCAAUCAGGUAUUAACACACAAACUUGAUAGCAAAAAGCACAUUUUCACCCAAGUGCAAAUCAACCAAACACUGAAAUGUAGCGAACGAGUUACUUAAAGGGAAA